UAAUAAUAUAUAAUGAUAAGAGAGAGAGAGAGGGGGGAUGGGGUUACACUGAGCUCGUAACAAGGGUAUAAAAGGGCCAGGACGAAAAGAAGACAAAGUACACAAGGCGCCAACUUGUCCAGAAACCAGACCUGCAAACAUACAUAAUGUCUCAGCCAGAGAUUAAGAAGAAGAAGAGGCCAGUUGUAAAGGAGGAGGACCUGAAAGGAGCCCGCGGCAAACUUGGUCUGAAGGGAGAGGUCAAGAGCAAAACAUAUGAGGUCAUGGUUGAGUGUGAACGCAUGGGGAAGGUGGCGCCGUCUGUUUUCAGUGGAGCUCGAUCUGGACGCGAGACAGUGCUUGAGAAACCCAAGACUCCAUCAGGAAGCGUGUUUGGCAAAUGAGUGCAGAAUGGACAAAUGGACUCUCGGUUUUAAAUGUAUGUCCAUGAGCACACAGAGUUCUGUUUUGGCAUCCACAUCAUGAAUUAAAUUAUAAUUUAGAUAAUUACGUUGCAUAUUUGUAUGUGUAAUUAAGUAUGUGUAAUUUUUUUAUACUGUUUGUUGUUGCUAAACAUGAUGCACUUAAAAAAAAAACUUGUUUCUAGUAUCACGUUUUCUAUAAUAAUAAAUUUCUAAAAGUGUCUCUGAGUCAUCAGGUUUGGUUUCUCCGUUGAAAAUCCUAUAAGGAUGGCGGUUUAGAACAUUCUUGAGAUGUUUUAACAUCACCGGUAAAGCGACUCCUACAAUUGCAUGGUGUUUUGUCAGGGAUAUUGGAUAUCAGCUUACAAAGUGAAAAACAUGUAAGUCCAGCUGUAAAUUAAUUUCAUGUUUUUCUGAAUUUAAUAAAUGAAAAUCUUCAUA